GCGUGUUGUUGGUGACGUUUCAAAAUCGGUAUAGUUCCUACGUAGAUAGAGUGCAGAUAGUUUUAUUGUUUAGAAGUUCUAAAUAUGUCGUCGAACACAAAAAGGUCGCCAAUAUGGCAAUAUUUUGACAUAAUUAAAAACAACAAUAGGUUGGCUGACUGUUUGCUGUGCCAGCUUCAAAUAUCUCGGGGCGGAGAAGGAGAAAAGGCUGGUACUUCCGCCAUGACUAACCACGUAAAAUCCAAACAUCCCGAGAAGUUUGCUUUGCUUAACAAAGCUAAAGGCAAAGAAGAAACUACCAUGCUUGAGAAGUCUGAUGCGUCUAGUACAAGUUCGUUUUUGAGAACGACAGAAAAUCAGCUAACUUUAUUAGAAUGCAUUGAGAGAAAACAAGUUUGGAAUAAAUGA